AUGUCUUCAAGACAUUCAUUAAAUUCACCUUCUCUAUCACCCUCCAAUUCUUCACCAUCCAUUCUCACCAAUAACAAUAAUAAUAGACUGUCAACAUCUAGUGGCAGUACUACAAGUUCUCAGAAUUUAUUAAAAUUAUUUACUUCGGAUCAAGAAUAUUUUAGUAUUCAUAAAAAUGAUACUUCAAUAUCACCAUCAUCAUCAUCAACAAGCCUUUCAGGUAAUUAUAACAAUGCACUAGGCUUUAGAUCAUCAAUUGCUACACCAAUAGAUUCACCUGUAUCAUCACCUGGUAGUAAUAGUGGUAGUAAUAUUAUAGUAGGAGUAGGAUCAUCAUCUAAUCAAAAUAUAAAAGCAUCAGCAUCAGCAUUAUCAUCACUAAGUAAAUAUAUGAUCAAUAAGAAUACUAUUAAUGUAGAAUAUUUGUUUUAUAAAAUUAAUCACUUAAAUAAAUUGAGUGGAUCAAGUACAUUAAUAUUAAAUAGUGGUAUUAUUAAAGAGAAUACUAAUUAUGGACAAUAUUUAGUAGCCAUUGAUGAUGAUGAUUAUAUAUUAUAUGGUGAUGAUGAUCAACAACAAUUUGAUGAUCAACAAGACUCUGAAGUGUAUGAAAAUCAUUUAAUAAUGUUAGGUGUAAAGAAUGAAUAUAGAGAUUCAAUUGAUGUUUCUAGAAUUAGAAAUAUUUAUACUGAAAAUUAUUGUACUUUUAUAGUAAUGGAGGAUGAAAGUAUUUGGGUAGCAGGUAAUAAUAAUAAUUAUCAAUUAGGAUUAGGACAUAAUAAACCUCUCACUCAAAUACCAACUAGAUUACAAUUUAAUAAUUUUAAAGGUGAAAAAAUUAAGAAAAUUACAACUUUAUAUGAAAGUACUUUAUUUUUAACUGAAAGUGGUAAUUUAUAUGGAUGUGGAAUUAAUUAUUAUUCAGAUAUAACAAGUAAUACAGAUAAUAGAUUAAAAGUAAUUAAAACACCAACACUUAUUACAUCAAAUAUUCAUUCAAUUUCAUCAUUAACAAAAUAUUAUGUUUUAAUGAUUACAAAAGAUUUUGAUUUAUUUAUUUGUGGAAUUUGUAAUGAUGAUGAAAUUGGAAUUAAAUAUUUUAUUAAAAAAAUUUCAUGUCAUGAUAAAAGUAUUUUAAUUUUAACAUCAACAUUUAAUAUAUAUGUAUAUGGUGAAAAUCAAUUUGGUAAAUUUGGAUUAAAUCAUACUAAUGAUAUAUAUGGAGAAUUUGAAAAAUUAACAUAUUUUAUAGAACAAGAUAUACCAAUUAUAGAUAUUGAAUGUUCUAAAAAUAAUUGUUACUUUUUAAGUAAUUCAGGAAGUGUAUAUUGUAGUGGAGAAUAUACAAAUUAUAAACCAAUUAAAAUAUUAUUAACACAUUAUGUAACAGAAUUAUUAGAAAAUGAUUUAUUUAUAGCAGAUAGAGGUAAAAUAAUUACUAUAAAUGGAAAUAUUAAAAAAGAUACAAUUUUAAGUUCAAUUGAUGAAGAUUCUAAUGAACCAUUCUUUACUCAAAUACCAAAUAAUUUUGAUGAUUUACAAAAAUUAGUUAUUGAUGCUUUUGGUUUUGUUGAUAGAAAACAAUUACCAACACCUGCAACAUUUGGUAGAGUUUUAAAAUCAUUCAAUAAUAAUAAUCAAAAUAAUCAAAAUAGAAGUAGUAUGAAUAAUUUUUUCAAUUCCAAUGAUCAUAAUCCACUCACUGAGGAAAUUAAUUUACAUUUACCUACAACUUCAUUUAGAGCAACUAUUGAUCAGGGUAAUUCAUCAUCUAAUAAUUCUAAUAAUUCUAAUAAUACUCAUACAAAUAAUACAAAUAAUACAAAUAAUACAAAUAAUACAACUACUACUAGUAAUAAUAUAGAUAUAGAAUUGAAUAGAUAUUAUACAUUAUUAUCACAAAAAUCAUGUUCACAUUUAAUCUUUAUUUUAACAUGUUCAAUAUUGGCAGCUAUAAAAUUACUUGUAAAAUCUGAUAGGGUUAAAUUUCCCGAUUCUAAAAUAUCUAAAGAUGAACAAAUUGCCUUUCAAACAAGUAUGGAAGCUAUAAAAAUUGCAAUUGGUGAUUUUGGUUUAUUAACUUCAACAAAUGAUUUAAAUACAAUUAGUUUUAGAGGAACACCAAUUACUUUAUCACCUGAAUGUUCAACUGGUAAUUUUAAAAUUGAUAAAAAUAGUGAUAUAUUUUCAUUGGGAUGUGUAUUUUAUGAAUUAUUAACAUUGGAAAUUCAAAUUAUUAGAAAUGUAAAAAAUCAAGAAACUAAAUUUUUAAUGCAUGAAGCUAUAAAAACCGAUGAAAAUGAAACUCAUUCAAUUAUUUGUAACAAGUUAAAAAAUAAUGGAAUACCAGAAUUAAUAAUUCGAUUAGUAAUAUCAAUGUUACAAUUACAUCCAUUAACAAGACCAACUAUUGAUACAAUUGUUGAUAUUUUAAAUGUUUUUGUAAAUCAUUUAGAUGAUAGUAAUGCUAGAAAGGAAUGUUUAAAUAGAUUUGAUAAAAAUUUACAAAUAUGUGGAAAUAUUAAUUUACCAAUUCCAAAUAUUUGUUCAAUUGUUAAUAAUAAUACUAUAAAUGGAAAUAUUUCAUUAGAAUCACCUUUUACCAAUAAUAAUUUAAAUGGAAAUUCAAGUCCAAAUAGUCCAAGAUUGAAAAAUUUAAAACAAUUAUCAACUAAUUCUUCACCUUCUUCAUCUCCAACAAAAUCAAAUCAAAGUUUUAUUUGA